AUGGUCAAUUUUUUGAGAGAGUGGUCAUGCCAUUUAUGUAAGGGAAAGACAGAUGAAUAUCUUCAAGCAAGGCAGGCCUACAUAGCAGAACUCCGGAAGAGAUAUGAUGCAGCCUUGGAACGUAGGACUAAAAUAUUAGAGAUCAUUCGUUCUUUGGAUCUUCCAAAUAAUCCUUUGGAUGAUAUUACUGACCAGUUAGGAGGGUCCGACAAAGUUGCAGAAAUUACACGAAGGAGAGGCAUGCUUGUGAGGGGCCCUACCGGAAAGGGUGUAACUUAUCAGGUUUGUAAUACAAAGGACGUCACUAUGGAAAUGGUUAACAUGCACGAAAAGCAGCUUUUUAUGGACGGAAUAAAGUUUGUUGCUAUUAUUUCUGAAGCUGGAUCAGCUGGUGUUUCCUUGCAGGCAGAUAAGAGAGCGGCAAAUCAGAAAAGAAGGGUUCAUUUAACGCUAGAGCUUCCAUGGAGUGCUGACCGUGCAAUUCAGGAAUUUGGAAGAACUCAUAGAUCAAAUCAAGCUUCAGCACCAGAAUACAGGAUACUCUUUACUAAUCUUGGUGGAGAACGGCGAUUUGCAUCAAUUGUUGCGAAGAGAUUAGAAUCUCUCGGUGCUUUGACCCAGGGGGAUCACAGGGCUAGGCCUUCAUUAAGCACUUAUAAUUAUGAUAGUGCUUAUGUAAAGAGGGCUCUGGUGAUUAUGUACAAAGGAAUAAUGGAGCAGGUUUCAUAUUAUUCUUUGAAAUAG